AUGCCCUACAGUGAUGGCUCAGAACAGAACAAUCACUCCAGUUAUCCUCUGAAGCUUCAGCUGCAGACCAGAUACUGGUGCGCCCAGUACAGGCGAGCCGCUGGCAGUAAAGAGGUAGAAAACAUUCACAAUACAAGUGUCCAUACUGUGGCUCCUACAAAGCAAACUGCCCGCAAAUCCACCGGUGGUAAAGCACCCAGGAAACAACUGGCUACAAAAGCCGCCCGCAAGAGUGCGCCCUCUACUGGAGGGGUGAAGAAACCUCAUCAUUACAGGCCUGGUACUGUGGCACUCCGUGAAAUCAGACACUAUCAGAAGUCCACUGAACUUCUGAUCCGCAAGCUCCCCUUUCAGCGUCUGGUGCGAGAAAUUGCUCAGGACUUCAAAACAGAUCUGCACUUCCAGAGUGCAGCUAUUGGUGCUUUGCAAGAGGCAAGUGAGGCCUGUCUGGUUGGCCUUUUUGAAGAUAUCAAUCUGCAUGCUAUCCAUGCCGAACGUGUAACAAUUAUGCCAAAAGAUAUCCAGCUAGAACGCCGCAUACGCGGAGAAUGUGCUUAAGAGUCCACCAUGAGGGGAAACAUUUCAUUCUCAAAAAAAAUUUUUUUUUCCUCUUCUUCCUGUUAUCAGUAGUUCUGAAUGC